AUGGAAAUCCCUCUCCCGUUGCUUCUCUCCACUUUUGCCAUUUCCGUGACCAUAUGCUAUGUCAUCUUCUUCUUCUUCCACGCCGACAAGGGGCGUGCGCCGCUGCCGCCCGGGCCAAGGGGCUGGCCGGUGCUGGGAAACCUCCCGCAGCUCAGCGGCAAGACGCACCAGACCUUGCAUGAGAUGACAAAGUUGUACGGCCCGAUGCUCCGGCUCCGGUUCGGCAGCUCCCUCGUGGUGGUGGCCGGAUCGGCCGACGUGGCCAAGCAGUUCCUCCGCACCCACGACGCUAGGUUCAGCAGCCGACCACCCAACUCCGGCGGCGAGCACAUGGCCUACAACUACCAGGACGUGGUGUUCGCGCCAUACGGCCCCCGGUGGCGUGCCAUGCGCAAGGUGUGCGCUGUGAACCUCUUCUCCGCGCGCGCGCUUGACGACCUCCGAGCCUUCCGCGAGCGGGAGGCCACGCUCAUGGUGAGGUGCCUUGCAGAUGGUGCUGCUGCCGGCGUGGCCGUGGUGCUGUCCAAGGCGGCAAACGUGUGCACGACCAACGCCCUCUCGCGGGCCACGGUGGGGCUCCGGGUGUUCGGCACCGCCGGCAGCGAGCCUGGCGCGGUGGACUUCAAUGAGAUCGUGCUGAAGCUGAUAGAGGUGGGCGGGGUUCUCAACGUCGGGGACUUCGUGCCGGCGCUCCGGUGGCUCGACCCGCAGGGGGUUGUUGCCAAGAUGAAAAAACUGCACCGGCGGUUCGACGACAUGAUGAACAGAAUAAUCACCGAGAGAAGGACCGGUGCUAUUGCUGCAACGGCAGGCGAGGAGGACGGUAAGGACCUGCUUGGCUUGUUGCUCGCAAUGGUGCAGGAAGACAAGUCCCUCACCGGCGGCUCCGAGGAGGACAGGAUGACAGACACAGACGUCAAGGCGCUUAUACUGGGACUUAUAAGUCCAUGUUGCACCGCUGCAACAAGGCUCAGGAGAGGGCCUGUCUGGCGAUUGGAGGCACCACUGCAACGAACCGAGGCAGAACGAACCAAGGCGGGGUGGCGACGGGGCGGCGAACCGAGGCAGAACGAACCGAGGCGGGGCGGCAACAGGGCGAGAGGCGGGGCGGCGACGGGGCGAGAGGCGGGGCGGCGGCGGCGAUUGGACCGAGAGGCAGGCGGCGUGCAGGGAACGAGCCUGGAGCGACGCGGGAACUUGUUUGUGGCUGGCACGGACACAACAUCGAUCACAGUGGAGUGGGCGAUGGCGGAGCUGAUUCGGCACCCGGACAUCAUGAAGCAGGCGCAGGAAGAGUUGGACGCUGUCGUGGGCCGCGACAGGCUCGUCUCCGAGUCGGACCUGCUGCGGCUCACCUUCCUCGGCGCGGUUAUCAAGGAGACUUUCCGGCUGCACCCGGUGACGCCUCUCUCGUUGCCACGGAUGGCCACCGAGGAGUGUGAGGUCGCCGGCUACCGCAUCCCCAAGGGGACAGAGCUUCUAGUGAACGUGUGGGGGAUAGCCCGUGACCCGGUCCUGUGGCCCGACCCGUUGGAGUUCCGGCCCGCCAGGUUCCUCCCCGGAGGGUCGCACACGGACGUCAACGUCAAGGGAGGUGACUUCGGGCUGAUACCGUUCGGGGCGGGCAGGAGGAUAUGUGCGGGCCUCAGCUGGGGCAUUAGGAUGGUCACCAUGACCACCGCCACGCUGGUGCACUCGUUCGACUGGGAGCUGCCAGCAGGCAAGACGCCGGACAUGGAGGAGACAUUUUCUCUGCUGCUGCAGCUAGCCGUGCCAUUGAUGGCCCGCCCGGUGCCCAGGCUGCUCCCAUCGGCAUACCAAAUCGCCUAG